AUGGGGGAGGAAGAAAAGAAACCAGAGGAAGCGAAGAAGCCCCAGGAAGAAGUGAAGAAAGGAGAAGCACCAAAAGCUGAUGAGAACCCGAGUGAGGAAAAGAAAGAAGAAAAGAAAUCUGAGGAAUCCAAAGAGUCGGCGCCGCCACCGCCUCCACCGCAAGAAAUCAUCCUGAAAGUCUACAUGCAUUGUGAAGGUUGUGCCAGGAAAGUCCAAAGAUGCCUCAAAGGCUUCCAAGGGGUAGAGGAUGUAAUAACAGACUACAAUACGAGUAAGGUGAUUGUGAAAGGUGAAAAGGCAGAUCCAAUUAAGGUUUUGGAAAGGGUUCAAAGGAAGAGCCACCGGCAGGUGGAGCUUCUCUCUCCAAUCCCAAAACCGCCGGCGGAAGAACCUAAGAAACCGGAAGAAAAAGAGGUGGCUAAAGCCGAAGAGAAAAAACCGGAGCCUCCGGUGAUUACAGUAAUCUUGCAUGUAAACAUGCAUUGUGAGGCUUGUGCUCAAGAAAUCAGAAAGAGAAUACAGAGAAUGAAAGGAGUGGAAAGUGCAGUGCCAGACCUAAAGAGUUCACAAGUGACAGUGAAAGGUAUGUUUGAGCCUGCAAAACUCGUUGAUUAUGUAUACAAGAGAACGGGAAAGCACGCAGAUAUCAUGAAGGUGGAGCCGAAUAAAAAAGAGGACGAAAAAAAGAGAGAUAAAGAUGGUAAAGACGAGAAGAAGGCCGAGGACGAGAAAAAGGAAGCCAAGAAAGGUGUUGAAGAGGUGAAAGGAAACAAGGAAGAAGGAGGUGGGCCAGGUGGCAGCGACAAUGGUGGCGCUAUCAGUGGUGGUGGUGGUGGUGAAGAACCACCGGCUAAACCCGAGGCCGAACCCGAGGAUGACACUAAAUUCGAGUUGAAAAAGAAUGAAUUCUACCAUUAUAACUACCCUCAAAACUAUCAGAUUCAACCUCCAAGAUUUGUCCAAGAAAAUAUUGAAUUUGAAUAUGCUCCACAGAUCUUCAGUGAUGAAAACCCUAAUGCAUGUUCAGUUAUGUAA